UCCCAGCGGGGUGAGUGGGGUCUAGAGGUUAGAGCAGGAGGGGGGUGGGCUGGGAGCCUGGACUCCUGGGUUCCAUUCUAAUUCUGGGAGAGAGGACCAGCAGGUUAGAGUUAAGAUUCCAUCCCAGUCUGCUAUGCCUCCCUUUCUCCAUCUGUAAAUUGGGGGGCAUGCCACUUGGCCUCCUCUGAGAAGCGCUUUGAGUUCCUCUGUGAACAGCGCACUGUUAAUGCGGCAUGUUAGAGUUUCAUUCUGUGCUGGGGAUCUAAGUCAUGUUUCAGUGAUAGCAGAUUCUUUUUCUGCCAGAGUCUUCAGUGCUGGCCUGAAGAGCUAUGUGCUUCCCCAGGAUUAUACCAACAUCUCCAUCCCUGACAGACCCAAACUGAAGUUCAUGGACAAAGUUCCAAGCAUACCUAAAGUGAGGCGGGAAUUCAAAAACCUGCGUGACAUCCGUGGCCCAUCCAGUGAGGCCACUGAGUUCACCCAAGGACAGUAUGGCAUUUUGGCAUUGGGUGGUGGUUACCUUCACUGGGGUCACUUUGAAAUGAUGCGCCUAACCAUCAAUCGUCACCUGGAUCCCAAGAUAAUGUUUGCUGUGUGGCGCAUUCCAGCCCCCUACAAGCCCAUCACCCGCAAGAGCCUAGGCCAGCGCAUGGGUGGGGGCAAAGGUGCCAUCGACCACUAUGUGACAGCAGUGAAAUGUGGCCGCCUCAUUUUGGAAGUGGGUGGGCACUGUGAGUUCGGGGAGGUAGAGCACUUCCUCACACAGGUGGCCAAGAAGCUGCCGUUCCCAGCCAAGGCAGUCAGCUGCCAGUCCCUGGAGGAGAUGCGCCAGGCAGAAGAGGAGAGAAGACACAAAAAUCAGAACCCAUGGACAUUUGAGCGAAUCAUCACCUCCAACAUGCUGGGGAUCCGCAAGGUGCUGAGUCCCUACGAUCUGACACAGAAGGGGCGCUACUGGGGCAAGUUCUUUCUGAAAGACAGAGUGUAAUGACCAACUGAGGGUAGGAGGGAAAAAUCUCAAGGAUGAGUGCCUGGAAGAAACCUUGAUCCUCCUUCCUCAGCAGGUGUGAAGUCCCUCCUGAGUGCAUCCCAUCUUGUUGUGAUAGGCUCUCAGAGGGUGGGUAUUGCUGUGGAGAUCUGCCCCUCAGCUCCAGAGGUGGCUGAGUUGUAUGCAGUAAACACGGCGGUGUGAGGGACAGGUUAGGGUAACCAAUGAUCAUUUUGGAUUAAUAAAGCUUUCCUACUGUGA